CUGGGGCUCCAGGCUGCCUGCUUCCUCCACUCAGGAGAAAUUCUAGCUGCUUUCCCCUCGAUCCUUUCUGCUCGCUUCUAUAGCUGGUAUCGGAAAGUGUUCCCGCCUAGAGCCAGGAGGCCAAACUUACUAGAGCCAUGCCUUGCCCAUCCCAGAGCUCGGAUGAGCUGGUGUUCUUUGUGAAUGGGAGGAAGGUGAUAGAGAAGAAUGUGGACCCGGAAGUCACUCUGCUGGCCUUCCUGAGAAAGAACUUACGCCUUACAGGAACCAAGUACGCCUGUGGAACUGGAGGCUGUGGGGCUUGCACUGUGAUGGUGUCUAAGCAUGACCCGGUGUCCAAGAAGACAAGGCACCUCUCUGUCAUGGCAUGCCUGGUGCCCCUGUGCUCCCUGCAUGGGACUGCCGUCACCACUGUGGAAGGUAUAGGAAGCAUCAGCACCAGCCUUCACCCCGUGCAGGAGAGAAUCGCCAAGAGCCAUGGUACCCAGUGUGGAUUCUGCACCCCAGGGAUGGUGAUGUCCAUGUACACACUGCUCAGAAACUACCCACAACCUUCAGAGGAACAGCUCAUGGAAGCCCUGGGGGGUAACCUCUGCCGCUGCACUGGGUAUCGGCCAAUCCUGGAGAGUGGCAGGACCUUCUGCAUGGAGCCAAGUGGUUGUCAGCAGAAAGGAACAGGAAAAUGCUGCUUGGAUCAGAAGGAAGAUGGUUCACUUGGAGUCAAAAGUGAUCCUUCCCAAGAACUUCCAGGAAGCAGACUCUUUGCACAGUGCUCACACUUCCCAAGAACUUCCAGGAAGCAGACUCUUUGCACAGUGCUCACACUUCCCAAGAACUUCCAGGAACCAGACUCUGCACAGUGCUUACACUUCCCAAGAACUCCCAGGAACCAGACUCUGCACAGUGCUCACACUUCCCAGAUUUGCUCGGGGCUAUUUUCAAAAGAAGAGUUCCAGCCCUUGGACCCAACCCAGGAGCUCAUAUUUCCCCCAGAACUCCUGAGGAUGGCUGAGAACCCAGAAAAACAAACCCUGACCUUUUACGGAGAGAGAAUUACCUGGAUCUCCCCAGGAACCCUCCAAGAUCUCUUGUCACUGAAGGCAAAAUACCCUGAAGCCCCUCUUGUUUCAGGCAACACGUCUCUGGGACCAGCGAUGAAAUCUCAAGGACACUUGUACCCAAUUCUCCUCUCUCCUGCUGCAAUUCCUGAUCUGAGACUGGUGACUAAAAGCAGUGACGGACUGACCAUGGGUGCCUGCUGCAGCCUGGCUCAGGUGAAAGACAUCUUGGCUGAGAGCAUCUCUGAGCUCCCCGAGGAGAAGACUCAGACCUAUAGAGCCCUCCUGAAACACCUUCGGAGCCUGGCGGGACAGCAGAUCCGGAACAUGGCGUCCUUAGGUGGACAUGUCCUCAGCCGGCAUGGCUACUCCGACCUGAAUCCUAUUCUCUCUGUGGGCAACGCCACCCUCAACCUGUUGUCAGAAGAAGGCACCCGGCAGAUUGCCCUCGAUGGGCAUUUUCUUGCUGGGUUGGCAAGCGCAGACCUGAAGCCAGGGGAGAUUUUGGGAUCUGUGUACAUCCCUCACUCGCAAAAGUGGGAGUUUGUGUCAGCCUUCCGGCAGGCCCAGUGCCAUCAGAAUGCUUUGCCUGACGUGAAUGCUGGCAUGAGAGUCCUGUUCCGGGAGGGCACAGACAUCAUUGAAGACCUGAGCAUCGCCUACGGAGGGGUGGGGCCCACCACCAUCAGUGCUCACAGAUCCUGCCAGCAGCUCGUAGGCAGGCACUGGAAUGCGCUCAUGCUGGACGAGGCUUGCAGGCGGCUUCUGGAUGAAGUCUCCCUCCCGGGCUCAGCUCUAGGGGGUAAAGUGGAGUUCAAGAGGACUCUGAUGGUCAGCUUCCUCUUCAAGUUCUACCUGGAGGUUCUGCAGGAACUGAAGAGAAAAGUAAAGCUGCCCUCGGAGUCUACCGACAGCCAGCACUGUCCAGUGAUUGCAGACCGGUUCCUGAGCGCUCUGGAAGAUUUCCAGGUCACUCUACCCCAGGGAGUCCAAACAUACCAGAGAGUGGAUCCUCAUCAGCCUCUCCAGGAUCCAGUUGGACGUCCCAUCAUGCAUCUGUCAGGUCUUAAACACGCCACAGGGGAAGCCAUAUUUUGUGAUGACAUCCCCAGGGUGGAUAAAGAACUUUUCAUGGCUUUGGUGACCAGUACCAGGGCUCAUGCAAGAAUCAUAUCAAUUGAUUCAUCUGAAGUCUUUGCCCUACCUGGUGUGGUUGGUGUAAUAACAGCUGAAGACAUUCCAGGCACCAAUGGUGAUGACAAUGACAAAUUGCUGGCUGUAGAUGAGGUGCGCUGUGUGGGCCAGGUCAUCUGUGCCGUGGUUGCAGAGACUGAUGUCCAGGCAAAACGAGCAACUGAAAAGAUAAAAAUCACCUAUGAGGAUCUGAAACCUGUGAUUUUCACCAUCCAGGAUGCUAUAAAACACAAUUCAUUCCUGUGCCCUGAAAAGAAACUUGAACAAGGAAACAUCGAGGAGGCGUUUGAAAACGUGGAUCAGGUGGUUGAAGGAGAGGUCCAUGUGGGAGGACAAGAACAUUUCUACAUGGAAACACAGAGAGUUCUGGUUAUUCCAAAGACAGAAGACAAAGAACUGGACAUGUAUGUGUCCACACAGGAUCCAGCCCAUGUGCAGAAAACAGUGUCCUCUACCUUAAACAUCCCCAGCAACAAGAUCACCUGCCAUGUGAAACGAGUGGGCGGAGGCUUUGGAGGAAAGGUGGGACGACCAGCUGUGUUCGGGGCAAUUGCUGCAGUGGGGGCUGUCAAAACUGGCCGUCCCGUCCGUCUUGUUCUGGAUCGAGAAGAUGAUAUGUUAAUAACUGGGGGAAGGCAUCCAUUAUUUGGAAAAUAUAAAGUAGGAUUCAUGAACAAUGGACGAAUCAAAGCCCUAGACAUUGAGUGCUACAUCAAUGGAGGAUGCACACUAGAUGACUCGGAGCUGGUAACAGAAUUUCUUGUUCUAAAGCUGGAAAAUGCAUAUAAAAUCCGCAACCUCAGAUUCCGAGGUCGGGCAUGCAUGACAAAUUUACCAUCCAAUACAGCCUUUCGUGGGUUUGGCUUCCCACAGGGAACUCUGGUAACAGAAUCUUGUAUCACAGCUGUGGCAGCCAAAUGUGGGCUUCCACCAGAAAAGGUUAGGGAGAAAAACAUGUACAAAACAGUUGAUAAAACCAUCUACAAACAAGCUUUCAGCCCGGAACCCCUGAUAAGGUGCUGGACUGAGUGUCUGGACAAGUCUUCCUUUCACAUCAGAAGGACACAAGUGCAAGAGUUCAAUCGGAGAAACUACUGGAAGAAGAGGGGCAUUGCUAUAAUCCCCAUGAAGUUUUCAGUUGGCUUUGCUGCUACAAGUUAUCACCAGGCAGCUGCACUCGUUCAUAUCUACACCGAUGGGUCUGUGUUGGUUGCACAUGGAGGCAAUGAACUGGGACAAGGUAUUCACACCAAAAUGUUACAGGUGGCCAGCCGUGAAUUAAAAGUGCCCAUGUCUCACAUGCAUAUCUGUGAAACAAGCACAGCUACCGUGCCCAAUACGAUCGCUACGGCAGCGUCCAUCGGCGCAGAUGUCAACGGCAGAGCCGUGCAGAAUGCCUGUGAGAUCCUUCUGAAACGUCUUGAGCCUGUCAUUAAGAAAAAUCCAGAAGGCACAUGGAGAGACUGGAUAGAAACAGCAUUUGAACAAAGAAUCAGUCUUUCAGCCACUGGAUACUUCAGGGGCUACAAGGCCUUCAUGGACUGGGAGAAGCAGGAGGGAGACCCGUUCCCGUACUAUGUCUAUGGGGCUGCAUGUUCGGAGGUUGAAAUUGACUGCCUGACAGGCGCUCACAAGAAAAUCAGAACAGACAUUGUCAUGGAUGCAUGUUACAGCCUGAAUCCAGCCAUUGACAUUGGACAGAUAGAAGGCGCAUUUAUUCAAGGAAUGGGCCUUUAUACCACUGAAGAGCUGCACUAUUCUCCAGAAGGGGUCUUGUACUCUCGGAGCCCAGAGGAGUACAAAAUUCCGACUGUCACUGAUGUCCCUGAGCAGUUCCACGUGUCCUUGUUGUCAUCAUCUCAGACCCCACUAACCAUCUACUCAUCCAAGGGCCUCGGGGAGUCUGGGAUGUUCCUGGGGUCGUCUGUGUUUUUUGCCAUUGCUGAUGCAGUAGCUGCAGCGCGAAGAGAAAGAGACAUGGCUGAGGACUUCACGGUGCAGAGCCCAGCGACCCCAGAGCGCGUGCGCAUGGCCUGUGCAGAUCGGUUCACAGACAUGAUCCCAAGAGAUGACCCUAAGACAUUUAAACCUUGGUCUAUACCUAUAGCUUAAGCUGCUGUCAUCUCCCUAGAGAUAUCUUAGUACUCAAGUGAAAACAUGGCUUAAUCCUAUCUGGACUCCAGACUGAUAUUCAUUUCCUAUUAACUGGGAGGGAGGAAUGAUCCAUGUCACAAAGUUUAGAAACACUGUUCGAAUCUAACCACAGUAACAAGAUGAAUCAUUUCUUACAAACUGUUGACUUAGUGUCCUCAGCCUAGAGGCCGCCAGGCAAGCACUGUGAUGCUUGAAGCGUAUUUACUGCUGAGCAAAUGCUGCUGCAGAAGGAUCACAAAGGAGACCUGGGGUGCAGCAGCCAUCCUUGCCUGGAAGACCCUCCUGGCAGAUAAACGUGAUAACUUUGCCCGGUGAUGCCUUGAUGCAGGAGUCACUGAACCCCAGCAGGGCACAGUUUCUGCAAGGUUUGGUUUUCUUCUCACCAGGGAUCCGCGGUGGGUCUGUGUAUGUGCCUUUAACAGAAGAGAAGUGGUGUUUCCCUUGUGUCUGAUGACUGCACCGCAGGUGAUGGCUCCCUUUGGAAUCUGAAGGGGGGAAAACAGUACACAGAAUUCUGAAUGCAAUAUCACAAAAUGUUCUGCUUUUAUUUCUGUGGGGAUUUUGUGGGAGGGUGUUUGUUUUAUCCUUUGUUUUGUUUUGCUUUUUAUGGAAAACAUCUGAUCUGACAUCAGAGCUUCAAAAAUACUGGAUGACGUGAUUUCCCAUGUAUUGAAAUAUAUAACAGAGUAAAUGAAUCAUAAAUUGUAAUCAACCUUGACCUGGGGUGUAAGAUAUUUAGGAGUUAAAAUAUAGGUUGGUUGCCUGGUGGUGGUGGCUCAUGCCUUUAAUCCCAGCACUUGGGAGGCAGAGGCAGGCGGAUCUCUGUGAUUUCGAAACCAGCGUGGUGUACCAGAGCGAGUUCCAGGACAGGCUCCAAAGCCACAGAGAAACCCUGUCUUGAAAACUAAAAAGAUACAAAACAAAACAAAACGAAUAUAUACAUACAUAUAUAUAUAUGUAUGUAUAUAUAUAUGUUGGUGAUAAGGAUGUGCCUAGUAUGCCCUAUUUCAAUCCUGAAUUUGAUUGAUCCCCAGCACAACAAAAAUAAGACUAAAAAUAAUAAAUGAUAAAACAUACAGGGUCCAUGGAAGUCCAAUCUGGGUCUUAAGAGCUCUCAAAGGAGGAGAAACCAGCACGUGAAUUGGGCCUAUUGAGCAGAAGUGGAGGACUCAUAUGUUCUAGUGGGCAGAGAAGGUGAGGCUGAGCUGAGAGCAAGGGGUGACUGUGACUGAUGCAUGAUGGGAAGGAAGCACAGGGGCCUGGAGAGGGGCUCCUGCCACUCAAGGCCACAGACUCAUUGGCUUGCAGGGACCAGGGCACAUCUGUCCACAGGUCCAUCUGCUGACUGUAGAGGGUCCUAGGUCACAGGACUCCAAGGGAGAAGGCAAGCCGAAGUCCAGAAGACAGACUGUGGAGCAGAAGGCAGGGCAAGCUAAGGCUAGGCGCAAGUACCCACAGGGGAGUGAGCUUUUCGGAGGUGGCUGAGGGGAAAAUUUGAAAUUAAUAAAAUCAAAUCGAAGCUCUUUCGAAAACAAAUUCCUUGGCUUAAAAUCGAAUGAUGAUAUCAGAAAUUUGCUUUAUUGUUUGUAUUGUUUUAAGUGGUUAUCCAUAUAGCUGUUUGUUUUCUUUUUUUAAUUUGGUUUCUUGGUGAUAAAGGGUGGUUACUGGAAAAAUAUUUUCUUUGUCAUGGGUGAGUAUUUCUAAAUACUAAAAUGAGUAGGGUCUUCUACAUACAAAUUACUCCUGCAAGUUGAUGUAUUAGAAUCUGGAGAGUAUAAAUCUUAAUAAAGUACUUUUUAAAAUCA